AUGGUGAAUAAUAAAGUUGGUGAUUUAAUUAAUCAACUUCAACAACAAAAUGGAACUACUACAACAACUAGGAAACCAACUGGUCCACCUCCUCCACUCCCCCCUAAAACAUAUUUAGAUUAUAUUAAUAAUAAUAAUAAUAAUAAUGGACAUGUUGAUCAACAACAACAACAACAUAUUAAAUCAAAUAUGGCUAGUUCAAGUUCGACAACUCCCAAUUCAUCAUCACCGAAAUUAAAUGCUUUUGCAGUCGACGUCACAAACAAAUUGGCAAAUCAUGCUAAUUCAAAUUCUAUUUAUUCAUCAUCGUCGUCAACUUCAUCGUCGUCAUCUACACUAUCUUUGUACAACAGCAAUAAUAAUAACAGUAAUGGUUUAAAUAAUAGUCAUAAUAAUAAUAAUAAUGGACAAAAUUCAAACUCUUCAUCAUAUCUAUCAACACCAAUACAAUCAUCACCAUCCUCUCCUCCUCUAGUACAUCAAACAAAAAGUAGUCGUAGUAGUAGUAGUAGUAAUACUAGUAAUACUAGUAAUACUAGUAGUAAUACUACUCUAUCACAAAGUGAAGAGAAUUUAGAUUAUUCAUCAAAUGUAAAUAAUAAUAAUAAUAAUAUAACACCUUUAAAGAAUAAUAAUAAUGUAUCAAAUCAUUCAAGGACACCAAGUAAAUCGACACCAUCAACAUUGAUUGCCAAUAGGAUUAAAUUCUUUUCAGAGCAUGAGGCAAAGCACAAGGAAGUACAAGACUCGUUUAGUGGGAGUCCGCUCAGUCUGUCCAAACGAAACAGUCGAAGUAGUCUGACACUACCAACAACAUCAACACUACCCAAUAAUAAUAAUAAUAAUCAUAAUAAUGGACAAGUGUCAAUACAACAUAUGCGACAAAAGUCGGCAGAGGUGCUUACACCAACACCACCACAACCAACUUCCAUCUCCACCUCCAUGUCACAAUUGGACUUACAAUCACACGAGGCGACUGUCCAACGACCACCCUCUGUCAUCAUCCAACACCAUCAUUCAACCACAUUUUCAUCUCCACUGCAUGCAGUUCAACAAAUUGCCAAGUUACAACAGACCACCGACGAGCUCAACAACCCCAUUGUCACUAAUAUCCCCAUCGAGACGGAAACAAUCUAUACAUCACCAAAGGCCAAUAGACCAGUCCCUCCUCCUCGUAGUUCAUAUAGUUUAGGUUAUCAUACAAUUAAUUCUAUACCUUUAUCUUCUGCGUUGUCAACAUCAUCGUCAUCAUCAUCAUCAUCAAUUUCAAGAAAAUCAACAACUAAUAUUCAAUUGAGCAAAGAGAAUCCAAAUCAAGGGAGAGCUUUGCCAAUUAGACCACCACAACCACAACCAAUACCGACAAAAUUGUCAUCUCUUUCAUCUCCUUCUGUUGCACAAUCUAUUAGACAACAACAACCAAUAGAUCCGGAACAACAAGAACAAGAACAACAAGAUGAAUAUGAAUAUGAAACAAUGCCAAUAAUAUCAUCACUUGCAAUGCCAACAAAUCCAUCGAUUGGAGCUUCUUUGACGACUGGAGGAGCAUCAGCUUUGCUUCCUACAACAAAAUUUGAUAGAACUACACCACCACCACAACUUUCAACACCAACAAUGAUAUCCACGAUACCUCAAACCAAAUCAACAUCUUCAUUGGAUAGUUUAUUCCUAAUGCCACAACAACCUGUAGUGGCAGGUUCUGCAGAUCAAGCAAUGCAAGAGAGACAACAAAACAAAUUAAAUGAACUGUUGGCAACAGAGGUAGACUAUGAACGAGAUUUAGAAUUUAUGAUCAAGGAAAUGUUUGAAGUUUUAAAAACAAGAGGAUUCGACAAAACCAUAUUAUUUGGUUUGUUUUCAAAUAUAGAGAUUAUCAAGAAUAUAAGUAAAACUUUAAUCAAUGAUUUAAAGGCUCCUGGUUUGGGUAAACCAAAUUUACAUAAUACUGUUAUAGUUUUUACAAAAUUGACUGAAUUUUUAAAAAUGUAUUCACAAUAUUGUACUCAUCAUUUAAAAUCAUUGGAAUUGAUUGAUGAAUUGAGUAAAUCAAGUCCUCAAUUUAAUCAAUUCUUGUUAGAGAUUAUGAAUCAUCCUCAAUCAAGAGGUUUAAAAAUUCAAGAUUAUUUAAUUAAACCAAUCCAAAGAAUUUGUAAAUACCCUUUAUUUUUUAAUGAAUUAAUGAAAAAUACAUUAAAAACGAAUCCAGAUUAUCCACAAUUGGAAAAAGUUUAUAAUAAAUUGGUAGAAGUAGCAAGUCAUAUCAAUUAUCAACAAAAGAUUCAAGAUGAUAAUCAAAGAUUAUUAGAAAUUCAAAAUCAAGUUGAAGGAGUACCAUUUCAAAUUUUAGAAUCAACAAGAAAAAUAUUAAAAGAGACAAUGGUAAAAAUGAGAGAAGUUGGUAAAGAUGAUUAUCAUAAUCGAUAUUUAUUUAUAUUUAAUGAUUGCGCCGUUUUUACAAAGAUAUCAUCGUUUUCCAAAAAAUACCAAUUCUCUUUUAAUUUACCAUUCCAUUCGACUAAAAUCAUUUCUUCAUUGCCUAGUGGACCAAUCAAUAGUCGGUCUAUAAUAUUGUCUGGAUUUAAUGGAGAAGAUGCAGCUAUUUCACUUGAAAUAUUGCUAGAGAGCGAGGUGGAACGUGACCAGACACAUAGUAUCGUCGACCAACUCAUCAAAGACAACAAGGCACACAUUGAACGACUAAAAAGCAGAGGGCUGACCAACAUGGAAGAGGAUAAUCUGUCUGGGUCUAAACUCAUAUCACUCGAUCCCAAUGACCCAGCAGUUCUCCUCUCACAGAUCCUCAUGCUCAACCAUCAAAAAUACAGUAAUGACCCAUCAUCACCAAUCAUUCUGUCACCAACCAUCUCUAGAGGUAGAGAUUCAAUGAUGAUUGGUGGUAGUGGUGGAUCAUCCACCAUGAAAGGGUUUCCAUUUAUUAGUAGUAGUGGUAAUAUGGGUGCUAGUUUAAGUACUGGUAAUGACUCCUCCUCCUCCUCCUCGUCGUCGUCUUUUGGUGGUAGCAAUGGAUUUAAAACAAUGCCAGUCAAUAACCCAAAGAACAAGCAUAGUUCAAAAGAUUCAAAACGUAGAGGUACUGUCACACCCUCACUCUUUGAUGCACCUCCUCCUUUUUUACCAAAAAUUGCUUCCGAUCCUUCUUUGUCCAUAAAAAAGAAAAAAUAA